AUGCAAAGCGGUUUUCACAGGAAGGAGUUAGGCUUUAAAGAGAUCCAUGAGAAUCCAACAGUCGAGAAACUGAAGGAAUCUGUCAAGGUGGCGUGGGGCAAUGUUGCCUUGUGGAAACACAGAUACACGAAAGAAUGCAGGAGACGUGAGGCUCUAGAGAAGAAAUUAAAGACUCUCGCCUCCAUGGAUGAGUCCUCAGCCCAUGUGGACGAGUGUCUCCACCUAAAGAAGGUUGCUUUUGCCGCCCUGGAGACCUGUUCGAUCAAGGAUGAAGAAAUCAGCGCGCUGAGGAGGAAGAUGUGUCUCCUCAUGAGAGAUAUCAAUGAACUCACGGGCCUAGUGACUGCACACACUCGAAAGAGAGCCAAUGCAAAGAUUGUGCGUCUCCUGAAGUACCAAUUGGACUUAGAAUUGGAGAAAUCAACUCUUCAACUACAAAAUGACCGACUAUCAACCGAAGUAAUGAAGUUGCGUUCAAUGUUUGAUGAGUGCACGAAGGGAAAAGCUUCAAUGUGCGUCAGUGGCGACGUAAGUCAUCAGCUCACUCACUGCAACAACACAGCCCUGAUCCAACUUCGACACAGAGCGGAGGUAGAACGCGCCGAAUCGGAAGUAGAGAAAAUUAAGCAAGAACUGACAGUCACGAACAUGAAGUUGGAGUCAUGUCAGGAAAAAUUGGUUCAACUGCGAGACCACAAUCAGCGUCAAGAGGCGCAGUUGACGGCACAAACAACUGAGUUGGAGUCGUGCAGACAGCGGGAGCAGGAGCUACGCAGGUCGUUUGCUCAAAAGCUUCAGUCGCUGGAGAUGGUGCUAACCACAAGCCAGUGCGCUUUUGCCAGCCGUGAAAGAGAACUCCUCAAACGGAUUGCCACUUCAGGGGACAAGCAAGACUAA